GCUCAUGAAGGUACGUUCCUGCAGCAACAGAAAACACAAAACAUUGCUGUUUGUUAUUGCACCUUUUGGAGAGACUUCCUGAUCAUUUUUUUGUUCUGCUUCAGUUUAAAGGUAGGCUUACAUAAAGUACAUGUUUAUAGUCAUAUAUUUGACCAGAUAUAUUACUUAUAGUUUGCGAUUUAUGUGUCGUCUGUUUGACAGGAAGCCACUUGCAGCAGCAGCAGACUUACUUCAUGCACUCUUCCUUUCUGAAAGAAGAGAUUAUCUGUGGCAAUGCAGUAAUGUUGGUCUUGGUAUAACUUUAAAAUAUUGCUUUGUCUAUUUGCAAAGAUGGACGAACACUUGGCUGAUCUACUUUCUGAUGCAUUUGCAGAGACAUCUGUUCCAUCAUUCCCCGAUGGAGAUUUUGACUUUGAGAGUCUACAUUUUGAUGAAGAGAUUGAUGAACACAAGAUAGGCAUCUCUUAUGAAAACUUGCCAACAAAGGAAGACGGGGCUCUGUUCCAGGAAGCAACUGGUGAAACAGUUUUGUCUAGCAAGGAAACUUUAGAUACAUGCAUGGCUGAAAGUGCUGAUGAAGAGCGGUCUGAUGUUAAGGAGGAUUUUCAAGGCACAGGAGUCAUGAGCGUGGACAAAACGCCAAAAAAGGAUUACACAAGCUCGGAUGAAGAAUCUGAAGAGGAAGGAUGUGUCUCUGGAGAAGAUGAAAAAGGUGAGGAAGAGGAUAAGGAGAUGGGAGAGAAGCCAGGGGAUUUGUUGAUGUCAGUUCACUGCAGCGGCGAGUUUUACGAUGGUAAUAAAGAGGACAGGAUCCUUGCUGAGGGACAACCUCUGGCUCCGGAGAGUACUGAAAACCCUCAAGUUAGAAAUGAGGACCAAGGUGAGAGUGAGAGUGAUGAGGAGGUGUCCUACUUUGAGAGAGUCCCUGGACGUGGAGGUGAGGUGAUAAUAAAAGGUGAUGGGAUUGAGGAGGACGAGCAAGAGGGAGAGGAAAAGAAGCAAGACUCAUCCGAUUCUGAGUGUGAGGACAUGAAAAUUGUACAAAAAGAACAUUUCCUUGCUCAGUGCUUUGAGACGGAGAUUGAAAAUCCCUACGGAGAUGAACCAGCCAAAGCCAUCUUGGAGUUUCCGGAAAUAUCAGUGGAAAAUCUGCAGGAUCUCAUUGCUGAGGUUGACACUGAGGAAAAUGUGGAGAAAAUGAAAGAUUUCUCAGGGGAGGAGCACCAAGAGGCAGGGGAAAGCUUUGCAGAUUAUCCCUCAGACUUUUCUUCAUGCGAAUAUGUUGAAGAUGGAGGACAAAAUCAAGAAAAUGACCAGUUGAAUGCUUUGCCAUGUGCAUCCGACCUCGGUUCAAAUGCAAGUCAGAGCACUUGCCUGGAAAGAGCUUUGACAGACACAACAUGGAUGGGAAAAGCUGAAGACACUGAUGAGGAGGGAGAUGGGUAUCUGUACAGCAGAGAUUUAGAGAUGGAUGCUGAUAGGUUCAGGGGCCUGGGUGUGGUAAGCGGAGAAAAAAUAGAGAUUGUAGAGCAUGUGCUGGGCGAUGCAGCUGUGAUUGGGUGUGAUGACGGAAGUGAGACAAGUGAGAGUGACUCCUACAGCUACAGUGAUGAUGAGGUCCAAGUGAGGAGAAGCGAUGAGGAAUUCUCACAUAAUAUGAGUCUACAAGAUCCUGCAAACAACAAGCAACUGGAGGACAUUCAGCCUCACAGUGGGAGAAGUACAGAGUACUACAGGUGUAGUGUCUCUGAUGAACUACACGCUACAAAUUACUACGAGAGACCAGAUUCAGCAGCUUUCAGCAUUAAUUGGGACCUCAACAUCUUAACAGCUGAUUCCCCUCUUUUUCAAGACCUGUUAACCACAGAGGACACAGACACAGCGGAAACAUUGUCUUCAGGUGUGACUCAGUGUCCUGCAGAAGACAUCACCAGCUACUCUGUGGUUCAGAGAGAUUGUGACAAAACAACAAGCCCCUCUAACCAGGGAUCCCUGGAUGACGGCUUCUUCUUCAACACUGAACUUGAAGCCUCAGGGGUCACCGAGCUGGGACAGUUAGGAGAUGACGAGUAUGAAGAGGAGAGGAACUGGGAACAAGAGCAAGAGAGAAUCAAGGCUUUCUACAGGUUUUACGAUGAUAGCGACGGGGACUAUGAAAGAGAGGAGAGGCAGAUAAAAGUUCAGUUUUGUACAGAUCCAUUGUCUCAAGUCAUCCACUAUGAAACUGACAGCACCGACAGAGAUUCACUCAGCAGCUCCACAGAUGGGGAGGAAGACCUGAGUUCUACAGAAACACCUGAGGAACUGCAGGAACCUGACAACACCCCGCAAGUGGAACUGGCUUGUGAUCCCCCAAACACUCAGCUACAAGAAAGCGUGCCAGAUCUCAGGGGCGCACCGCUCUGCACCAGAAAAGACAAGUGUCUCAGUGUGCUGAAGCUGAUAUUGAAGAUGGGUCUGGUGAUCUUGAUGGGACUGCUGAUGUUCUGGUUGGCCACAGACCAAGCUGACUGGCUUGGGCAAGUGCACUUCUUUUAGAGCUAAAGCUAAUUUUCAGUCAUUAAAACUUGUUUAUAUGCUCACAGAUGAAAGAAAAAUAAAAAAUGACAAUGUUGAAUUGUAAAAAUAUAUUGUAAAGUGCUAGACACUGAAUGAAGUGAAUUGUUAUUUGCAAUUUUUUGAUAAAUAAAGAGCUAUCUUAAUAAAAAAAAAAAUGAUGCAGCCCUAUUUGUAUGAACAGUACAUAAAUCCUGUUCCCACUUUUAUGUUAGUAUUAAAACUACAUAUGCAUACAACUAAGGCCUCUAAUCUAGUACUAGUACUUGCUUAUUAAUAUUUUAUGUCACUUUAUGCUUCCACUUCAGAACAUUUAGAGAGAAAUGUUGUAUUUUUCACUCCACUACAAAUAUCUACAGCUAGGGUUACUAUG